AUGCCAGUACCUAUCAUUGGCCGUCUAAACUUUCGUGAUUACCAGGCGUUAGUAACCGGUCUCAUUUUAUUAUUCCUCGAAAGUUUACUUCGAAUUAUCACGCUUUGUCUUCCAGCAUGUGCACUAGAGUUUUUCAAAGGACAAAGUCAAAAAUUAUUCUCAAUGCGAUAUAAGGAAACACGAACAGGUCCAGCAAAAAAUAUGCAAACUGCUAAAACUUUUCGUGAAAUGGCAGAGUAUUGGGGAUAUUUUAUGGAAGAACACAUUGUUAAAACACAAGACCACUAUAUUCUAGGAAUUCAUCGCCUACCCGAUGGAAAGUAUUCGACUAAUGAUGCUGAUUCAAAAUCCCAUAUAGAAUCUAUAUUUAAUAGAUGUGGAAUUUCUCAUUCUUUCAUUCGAAAUGAACAUUUGCGCUCUCCGAAUGGAAUAAAGCCAGUAGUUUUAUUAUACCACGGACUUAUGAUGUGUAGUGAAGUUUGGAUGUGUAAUUUAGAUGAAGAAAGAAGAUUAGCUUGUUUGUUGACAGACGCUGGCUAUGAUGUCUGGUUAGGCAACGCUCGAGGAAAUAAAUAUUCCAUGAAACAUUCUAAGCAUAAACCAAGCUCAAGAAAAUUCUGGGAUUACUCUAUGGAUGAAUUUGCACUAUAUGAUUUACCAGAUACUAUUGACUAUAUCCUUGAGACAACCGGUGCACCUUCUCUUACAUACAUUGGAUUUUCUCAAGGAUCAGCGCAAGCUUUCGCUGCUCUUUCAAUUAAUCCAAAACUAAACAAAAAAGUUAACCUUUUUGUUGCCUUGGCACCAGCUACUAGUCCUAAAGGUUUACAAAAUCCAAUUGUUGAUGCUUUCAUUAAAGCAUCUCCUAAUAUUGUAUAUCUCUUUUUUGGACGCAAGGCAUUUCUUACUAUGACAAUGUUUUGGCAGAAAGUUCUUUCACCCCCAAUUUACACAAAACUCCUUGAUACAUGUAUGAAAUUCCUCUUUGGUUGGUCGGGAAAUAACAUGACUGAAGAACAAAAAGCUGUAUCGUAUUACCAUCUGUAUAAUUUUACAAGCGUUAAAAGCUUAGUGCAUUGGUUUCAAAUAAUUCGUGCCAACAGAUUCCAAAUGUAUGACGAAUUACCACCAUAUUCAUCACCUACUGCUAUGGGCCAUUGUUGUCACAAAUUUCCCACCGAGCAGAUCAAAACACCUAUUAGUGUGUUUUAUGGAGGAAGUGACAGUUUGAUAAAAUUAGAAGUUCUUCUUAAACAACUACCUAGACCGGUAUUUGUUAAGGAAGUGCAACCUUAUGAACAUUUGG